UGUUUUUCUGCCAAACUAGUUGGGGUCAAAUAUACCACUUUAAAUAGAAUAUCCUGCCAAAGUAGAAGUCUAUUUCUGCCAUUUGAUCUCCGUCCGGCCACCGUUCCGAUCUCUUCCAUUAAUACUAUUUGGGGUUAACUGCAAAAUCAUAUACAUAUAUAUGGCGUACUUCAGCGCAUUUCUGAAUAGUCCUGUUGGACCUAAGACGACUCAUUUCUGGGGUCCUGUAUCCAACUUGGGAUUCUUCAUUGCGGGGGUGGCCGAUAUGCAAAAACCACCAGAGCUGUUAUCUGGCAACAUGACUGGAGUAUUGUGUGUGUAUUCGGCCUUAUUCAUGAGGUUUGCUUGGAUGGUGCGGCCUCGCAACCAUAUGCUUCUUGCAAGCCAUUGCUUAAAUGAAUCAGUCCAACUGUAUCAGCUUUCACGUUGGGCAAAAGGUCAAGGGUAUUUGCAGCAGAAGGAAAAAAAGGCACCAUCAACAUGACUAUAGAGUACUAAAGAUGGUUUCUAACCCUUCCUGUUAUGUGCCUAUGUUUGGGUGGUUCUUGUCUUCUUUACUGCUUUUCUUCUUUGUGGUAAUGUUUUUGAUUACUAUGUUUUUUGUGAAUUUUAAGAACUCAAACUCAUCCUUUUGUUCCCUUCUUAUAAUUCAUUCUAAUCUUGCUUCCGUU